AUGGAGCAAGAUACUGAUGAAACUUCUGCGGCUCAGGUCCUAACGGGAAAGCAAGAGCAUUAUCUAAAGAGAGAACUCAUAUCUCAACAGGUAAAGUUCGAAAUACUUGAGCUGAAUUCUCCGACUGCUCUGCAAAGAUUUGGCGCGCCAUUCAAGUCAGACUAUGGCGAGGUCUCUCCUCUUAACAGUGAACUACCUAUUUUGCGAUAUCUUUUUGUACAUUUUGUGCGAGAGUUCCCUUUUCUUGACCGCGCAAACGAAAAAGAAUUCUGGCAAGAUAAGAUACAAAUUUUCCUUCAGUUAUUCGCCAACAAACGCAUCUCAUCAUCAGAAGAUCGACUAGAGGAAACAAAGCGCAAAAAACUAUCCACUAAAAGCCAGAAAAUCGUCGAGCUGAUGAUGGUUUCUGGUAUACCAACGGCAAGCGGGUACGAAGAGCGUAUCCGUUUUAGUGAAAUGGAAAUCGUCGAAGCGGGUGCUAUUGAUCCUGGUACCAUUAAUGGUCUCAAGAAAGGAAAUGCCAUAAAUGGAUGGGAUAUAAAUAUUUCUGGUGUACGAGCCGUUAAAGUGAAGAAAAACUUUCGAAAUCACAAGGAAGCUGAAUAUUUGAUUCGCGUUAAACGUAUGGGUCAGCCAGAAAUUUUUGUUAGUAGACGCUACAGCGAUUUUGAGCAGCUUCAAAAAAACAUUACGAUACAACUUCCAGGAAGGGUAGUGCCAGUCUUACCGAAAAAGAUUAAGGAUGACUUUAAAUCAAAUGCAACAGUCGAUACUACUUUUCAGAGUACUGCAGAGAAGAACGAGGUCGAAGGUGCCUCUGAUGAAUCAGGCUCAAUAUCAAGCGUUGCCUCAACAAACAUCACUUCUAGAUUCAGCAUCCAUUCAUUGAAGGGUCAUCGCCGAAAUCCUUCAUCGAGCUCGAGGAAAUUAUCAUCUGCAAGGACUUCAGUAGACGGAAGAAAACAAAGUAGCUUGAUCGGUAUUGAGACAAGCAAGGAAGGAGGUAGCUCGCAUGUUCAAGCGACACCUACAGAGACAACUUCAUUCUGGCGAGAAGCUGAGCGGGUCUCAUUGAGAGCUUUUUUGCGAACUCUUAUUUCCAAUCCUCAGAUGGUGCAGACCAAAGCCAUGGAAAUUUUCCUUACGCAAAAUCCAAUUAUACUUUCAGAAUCAGAUAAAUUGGAUAUUUCCAAUCGCGAGUCACUAGAUGCGAAGAGAAUUGAGGAACAGAAGCAGUUUUACGAGAUUGCCCGUAAAAGAGCCGCCGAACUAGACGUGUAUAUGGAACAAUUCCGUCGCGAAAUCAUAGAGAGCGAUGGUCUCACUAAGCUACUCCAGGAAGUCAAAGAAAAACCCACCAUCCAGGAUAUGAGUAUACAGUAUCGCAAAUUUGCUGAAUGGCUCCGUAUUGAAGUGGCAGCAACUGUCUAUCAUCUUUUCUUAGCAGAAGAUAAUUCCCCAGAACUGUACGCUCAAGCGAAAAGAAUACACUCGAUGGUUCCAUACACCAUCGUCAAGAAUGCCAUUAAAAUUGCAAAUCCUGCUGCAGUUAUAGCAAAAGUCUUGGACAUCUUCAUAGCCAAACCAUUUGGCGCUAGGUCACUGUUACAAAGGAUUUUUGGUCUUGCCCUCAAUGAUGGGGUUCAGGCCCUCCAGAAAACUAUCGAUGUAGUAUUAGCUCAAAUUGAUGAGCCUGUAUUUUACAACAAGAUUAAGAAAUUUGUUGAUGCAGAAGAACCUACUAAGGACAGUAUUCGAUCAGAUGCUGAAGAGAAUGGUGUCGAUAUAAUCAUUUCCAUAUUGCGCUCUGAGAUGAUUGAUCCCCCUCUAAAACCUCAACAAAUCACUAAAAUCUUCAACGCAUAUAUGGCAUGGAAUAAUGCAAUAACUAAUCUAGACGAUGAGAUAAAGGCUGGCGCAUUGACAUUCUCACACCUUAAACAGCUCUUAAAGCUUUACACUAGACAGCGUGACAAAGCUAUGAUGCUUAGCAUGAUUGAUGAGCCGGUCACUCUUCUACUUCUCCGAGAUCUCUUUACCAUCUUUUACGAGCCACUCGUGCGCGUAUAUAAAACUGCCAAUAUCCACCAUAGAGUAACGGAUUUUGCUAACUUUGUCGAUGAUUUAAUUAUUGUCGUCGACCGAUGUCGCCAACAGGACUUUUCUGCCGACCCAAAUCAGACAGUCCAAGCUUUUAUUGAUCUUUGUGCGCGACACGAGCAUAACCUUUAUGGAUUUGUACAUGAUGUUCACUCACAUGACAAUGGGCUAUUUACUAACUGGAUGAAUUGGAUUGAAGAUAUUCUCGAAUUCUUACGGCAUGGUCCAAAAUCGGGGAAAUUAGAUAUUAAUGCACUAUUUUCGGAAGCUAUAAGCUCUGGGUUAAUCGAUAAAGAAAAGGCUAUCCUGGAGAUUGAUAACUUAGUAUCAUGGCAAGAGGCGCGCAAGAGAUGGCAUCACAACAAGACACGACAGAAGAUGGGUGCUGAUGAUAACAGCAGUGUCUUGUCAACGCUUCCGGGUAGCGCUACGUUCAGGAGCUCUGAUUUUGGCUUGGACGCGAUGGAUUUAGAAGAAAUGACUUAUGAUGAAGGAGAAAUGAGUAGUUACAACGAAGAGCAAGAUAACAUAAGUCCACUCGUUGCUGAGAGACAACGUAGGGCCAGUAAGCAAAGCAAUUUAAGGAGAUCAGCAGGAGAACCAGUAAAGCCUGAAGUAGUCGAGGUAUGCAAGAUUAAAGAACAAUUUCUGGCAAGGUUGCGUAGUGUGCUCUCUGAGUGA